GCGGCGAAAUAAUUUGCCAUGAAAUUGUUGGAGUUGCUGCACUUCACCUCAUUCGUUGGUGUGAUUCCGUGGCAUGUGGACGCGUGUGGAGAAGGUUCAGUUAAUUAAAUCUGUGCUCAAUUAAUUUCCCGUUCAUACCCCAUUCGGUAUUGUCUCCCAAACAAACACUUCGCGGCGGUAUUUGUUCACAACAAAUUAAUCGAAAAGAAAACAUUUCCGGGUGUUCAACACCUCCAAAACUUACCUAAAAUUCUUCAUUAAAUUGUAACAAUUUAAUACGUGAUUUUUUCAAAUGUUUAAUGUGUGUGCAUAGAGAAUUGUGAAAGCCUCCGAGGAAAAAAAAAUAAUCGACAAAAUGGAUAAAGGUCUUCAGAGUAAUGAAGUGCGGAUUCCAAAGCCCGAAUUCGAUCUUAAAUCUGGGAUUCAGUGUCAAUACUUCCAGAGUUCAUUUGCGCGAUCACUGAUGCUAAAUCAGUCUAAUUGCACAAGAUCAUUGGAUAUACCGCUGAAUUUUGAGGAUAGUUCGCCAAUGUUGGAAAAAUCGUCGGAGAAAAUAGAAAAGAGCGCUAAUGAGUUUAAUGUUGAGGAGAAUUUGAGCCCACAGAGUGGAGAUAGUAAUGACUUAACACCGAUGGAUGUUAAAGAUCUUUGGCUCAAUUCUCAGUGUCUAUCACCACGAAAGAGCCCAGAUUCAGCAGAGUGCGAAGUAUUGCGCUUAAGGAAGAAAUGCCAGAAUCUCGUGGAGGAGAAUCGUCGAUUGCUCAAUGUUACGCACAAUGGGAGCAGCACACCAUCUGUCGAAACGAUGAUCCUCCAGAAUAAAGUUGAUACGCUGAAAUGGCAAAUGCAACAGAUUGAAUCAUCGCGCCAGAUGUACCGAGCCCUGAUGGAAAGUGUUGCACACUUCCUGGAACGCUGCCAUAUGAGUCUGGAUGCAAUGCAACAGAAGGAGUCACUGAGCAGAUCCAAGAGCGCUCUGCAGAUGAUUCCCCAUGAUCUCGAAGUGCCUGCAACAUCCUCACCAACACGACCACGAAGUAGCAGCAAUAUGAGUGAUUUGGAGCUACACCUGCCACCACAUCGGCCUGAGGAUCUCUUAGAGAAUUCAAUGGAUUCAAUUCAAUCUGUUCCAUCAUCCUACAGCAAUUUCAGAGAUUUUACAUGGCGACGUAGCCCUAAACGCCGAAUUGGACAAAGUCCAACUUCCGGAGGAGCAACAAUGGAAGUGGACAAGCUCUCCCAGGAGGCAUUCCGUCUUCUGCGAAAUGUGAAGAAUCUCCUGAAUACGCAAGAGCCAAUGUUGUCUCAAGCUAAGAGUGUAUUUGAUGAUUCCUUGACUUUUGUCAGUGCAACAGCCAAAGAUACUAACCCACUGAACCUACUCUUUGGACGCAAAGUCGUCAAGCGCGAGAGUCGCUGUUCAUUGCGAAGUACCUCCGAUUCAAAUUCCACCGCCUCAUCUAAGCCAGAGACGGAUGAGGAGUUGCCAGAACGACCGUCCCCAAUACCCUGCCGAACGAGCAGUAAUCUCAAAGUUGGAGGAUGCAUUGAGGACGAGAGUGGAUUCAGCUCAAUGAGUUCCUUUCAGGAAAUCGGCUUACCAUUAAUCAGUAGUACCCAGAGAUCUUCAUCGGUAUCUAGUGACUCAACAGCCCCUGACUCUGAUCCUCCAGCAUCGUUUGCAAAAGUCGGACUCCCCCUGACACACUUCCACAGGCGUUGGGACUCCGCACCAGCUGUACCGCCAAAAACUGGUGCCCUCUUCUGUUCCCGCAUCCGUCCUGAGGACGAGGGUAUGCGGGUACUGUGGGUAUGAUGCCCCCCAAUGUUCACUGAACACCCCAACAACCAAAGUUCCCAUCAGAGGAGGAGUUUAAUGAGAAAGUGUGGCACUGUAUGGGGCGCUACAAUUGAGGAUUUCAAAGAGAAUUAAAUAUCAUUUUCAUUUCCACAAAAGAAAAGUCAUCUUGCCCUAUGCAAUUUUUCAUUCUCAUGUAGAGAAAAAUUUAUUGCACUUAAAUUAAAAUGAAAAGUAACAUCUAAAUUUUAAUGAUUUUAAAUCCUAAAAGAUGAAUAAUUAAGGUUUUACUUUAACGAAUUUCCAUAGUGUUUGAUGAAAAAAUGUAGGUAAUAAAACUAAUAAAUUCAUUACAAAAAAAA